ACUGUCAUUACUGUCAACCAACAUCACUACAGUCUACAAUUUUAUACAUUAUCAGUAUCACAUCAUCUGUUUCUGACUGUGUGAAUGAUGAAAUUAUCAAACAAUAAUCAAAUUGAUAUCAUUAAAAAACUGUGAAUUGAAUUACUCCUUAAAAAGUCUGAGAACCAUGGAAACAGACAAUUUAACCAAACAGGCAGAGGAAGUAGAGGCUUUGAGCUCUAUAUACGGUGACGAUUGGACUACAGAGAGCGAUGUAUCGAGGUCGUACAGCAUAAGAAUUGAAGAGAAUAAAAAUGAAGUGCGCCUGUAUGUUACGAUGCCCAGUGACUAUCCUUCAUUGGCCCCGCCAAAAUAUGAAAUAUCUGCACCUUGGAUGGAUCGGAAGGCGAAAACAGAACUAUUACAUGCGUUAGAGGAAGUUUACUUAGAGAAUGUUGGUGAAAAUGUUGUGUUCCAAUGGGUGGAGAAAAUCAGAGAAGUGUUACAAGCUAUAAAACCAACUGAAAAUAAGACUGAAAAGAAACCAGCAGCUAUUGAGGCAUUGGAUCUCAAAUUGUUAGAAAUAAACUGCCCGGCCAUAACUCAUGGUGAGGUUAUUGUAGACAGGAAGAGCUCCUUCCAAGGUCACGCUGCAGAAGUACAUUGUCUUGAGGAUGUUAAUGCGGUCCUAACAAAAUUAAAACUAAACAAGAAGAUCCUCCAUGCUACGCACAACAUGUUCGCGUACCGCAUAGAGAGGAAGACGGCUAAAGGCACUAGCAUACUACAGGACUGCGACGAUGAUGGCGAGCAGCACGCCGGCGGCAGGAUGUUGCAUCUGUUGCAGAUAUUGGACCAGAAGAAUACGUUGGUUGUUGUGUCUAGAUGGUACGGAGGUAUACAACUCGGUCCAGACAGAUUUAGACACAUCAACAACGCUACAAGACAGGUCAUACAGCAAGCAGGGCUAUUAAAGAAAUGACAUUUAGCAUAAAUCUUACUUUUAAGGACUUCAGUCAAGCAAGCAGCAUAGACACUGCCACACUCCUUUCAUUAUAAAUGUUAUAUUAUUAUGAUUAUAUACUUCAUAGUAUCAAUGACAGAUGUCUACUUCAGUUGCAAAACUGAAACUUUUUUUGGUAGUGGCGCCCGACUGGGGCCCAUAUUAGUUUCUUGUUUUUAUGACUGAGGCAGUCUUCGAGAGAAUCAGAGCUUACUUUAAUGACUAUAACUGUUUAAUCUGGCUGGCUAGAUAAUAUUAUGGAGUUUCAUAAAUUCUACAUUCAAGUUUGAUGAUAAAUAGUAAGCUGUGUUACCGGUUUUUCAAUAGGUAUAGUAUAUAUCUAUAAUAUUUUGAUGUGUCUAUUUGUAUACACUGUGUAUAGUAGUAUGUGUAAGAUCUUUUGUACACGGAGCAACGCAAGCCUCCCGCCCUCCAACGGCUUCAAUUCCCAAGUACAAAAAUGUAUAGUCAUAGAACCUUGAACAUUAUCGUCGCAUCGGAAUCUUGUGUUGCUUGUUGUACAAAGGCCCUUAGGCUUAGAGUGCCUUCGUUACACUUCGAAUUCUAAAAGACAAAUUUAUAAAAAAUCUAUUUAUAGUAAAAUAUUAUGCCGUUUAGAUUUCAAUUGAUAUUCAUUGGAUACCCUUUUGUAAUUAAACCUCUCCUUCAAACUGUUUACUCGAAUGUAAUUUAUUAUUAAGACUGUGAAAUAGUAGACAAUCUUCUAUCAAGACUUCUGAUUUUGAAAAUCUGAUCAAUUCAAUCUAUUGUCAAUCGAAUCCCAACUUUUUGACCAUGACAAUACUCCAUUUUUUUGGGUACUUAAAAAAGAUAAAAACAAUCUUGAUGUCUUUUUGUCUUUAAACUCAAAUUAAAAAUAAAACGCGAAAUUGCUUCCUAAAUUGACAGAGCCUAUUUUUGACUUAAAUCUGUCCCCACAUAAUGUGAUCUUGUUACAUUAGCUUUUAAGAGUAUAAUUAUACCAAACCAAACAUUAAUAACAUAUUGUUUUUGUUAUUAGAAAACCACAAUGCCUGGCCCUGAUUUAAUAGCUUCACCAAUGUCUACCUUUUGGUCUAGUAGUCAGUAGCCCUGACUGAUGUCCUGGUGGUUGUCGAGUCGAUUCCUAUCCAGGGCAAAUGUUUGUGUGAUUAGCAUGAUUACUUGUUUUAUGUCUGGGAGUAGUUCAAUAUUUUAUAAGUGUAUAGAAAAUUAAAUAUUUAGGCAUACUUAUCAGUACCUACUACAUACUACACGCUUUGCUUUGUUUGAGACUAGAUGGCGCUGUUUUUGUGGAAUAUUAUUACCUAAUAAAUAAGAGGCAGUAGAUUAAAUUGAUCAGUUUUCCAGGAACUAUACUAUCACAAGCUAUUUGUAUAUGAACACUAAUUGGAUAUUUUCAUACACAUACCCAUAUGGUAGGAUGUUUUUAGUAGUUGUAUAAUAUGUAAACGUGAAUCUUAUAAUGUGAUUUUAAAAAUUAGAUUGUUAGGCCUAAGGUUGGAUAAUAUGUAGUUGCAAAAUGAAAAAUAUAUAUGGUAAAUAAUAUUAAUCUUGGAGUUUUAAUAAAUAAAAAUCUAUGUUUAUCUACUGUCCUGUACUGUAGUUGUCUACUGUCCAUUAAUUAUUAAAAUAUUCUGUGUAGACGUUUCAGAAUUACGAGAAUAUUUGAACUUAAGCCAAUUCGUUUUAUUACGGAUGUCAAGCUUUAAUUUAAUGAUUUUGCAAAUAAAAUUCAUGCUUGAUUCAACAAUGUAACAUUCAUGUUUCUGAAAUAAGAAAUUGUGCUUUACUUUUAGAUCAAUGCUUCAUUAUAGUCCUAGUAUACCUAUUUGAUCCAUACAAUUUCAUAAUAAUAAACAUUACUUUAAUACAGAUAAAAUACUCAAAUUAGGCCUAUACAUUGCAUUGCUGUGUAGCUUUGGUAUCUAAUGUGAUAAAUCAUCACUACUAGUUGUUAGACUGACUUAUUUUAUUUUAUGUAUAUUUCUUAAUUAACAAGAUUUUGGGGUAAUAAUAAAAGCUGUUGAUCUAACAAACUAUUUUUGUUCUACUCGAAACCCCCAACAAUGUUUGGCUUUUUUCAUAGAUUUGACCUGGUAACCCUAAUCACCAGAAAAGUAUUGUUACUAUGUCAUAUGUCUUAUUACGCCUAAUGGAGGUUUAAUAAAAACAGGAUAUGUAAAUAAAAUACUUUAUUUCAAUAUGUUACAACUAUCAUGAUUUAGUUUGUAUCAUCUCUUAUUGUUUCUAGAAUUGUUGUCUGUUGUUUUCACUGUUAUACAUUUCUUGUCCAAGUAUUUUAGGAGAUCCUGUAACGAAAAAUAUUGAUAUUGUGAAAUGGAGAUAAUAAAUGAGGUUUUAAAUGUA